AGUGUAACCCCCUCAAAAUGGAAAUAUUCUGAAAGUUUAUUGCUAUAAUGAGGGUUUGAUGUAUUCUCUCCUUAAGAUCUUUAUUAAACUAUAUGUAACAUGAAACUAUUAGACAUAAUUUAAAGUCAAAGUCAUAUUGUUUUCCCAAAGAGUAUUAUGCAUGAGAACUAAUUCUUAUAGGUCUUGUUAACCCAGAACUUCCUGUGUGACUUUUCUCAUGAAAUUGGCCCCUAUUUCCUCAUUUCCCAUUUCUCACUUUAGAGAAAUAAAGAGAUUAUGAAAGUGAAGACCUAUUUCCCUCUGUAUUAUAAUCUUUCAACAGCUUAAAGAGACUGAAAUCAAGCAAGCAAAUGAAAAAGACAAUGUUUUCUUUGCAUCACAUCUUUCUUUGGCUUGUCAUAAGGGCAGGAGUCAAAGGAGACUCUGAACUGUCAGGCUGUCCUACAAAAAGCUCCUGGAGAUAUCUUGCAAGGAGUGGAGAGAAGUUUUUCUUAUUCUGUGAUGUUCCUAGACGUGGUCGAAUUUCAAAGAAAGACAUUUGUGGUAAAACUCGGUGCCACGAUAUCAGCUGUUCCUCUGAUGUUCGGUGGUACAAACAUCCUCAAAAUGGAUCACAACCAUAUGCUAUUCUGAAUGAGCACUCUCAUAUCACGUGGGAAAAUCAUUUGCUUCAGUUUUCACCAGUUGGGAUCAAGGAUGCUGGUUUCUACAUUUGUACUUUCAAGUAUGAACCAAAGUUUGAGGUGGAAAACAGGCAAUCCAGGGGAAUAACCUGCUUCCUUAAUAUAACCUUAGAAGUUCAGCCAAAAGAAAAGACUCCCUGUUUGGACUCUGUCAAAAAUGAGCUAUUCCUUCUCAUUGGUAGCACUGAUAGAGUUCCUUGUCCUGGGAUAAACUGUGAGAGAGAUAUCCAAAGCGAAGUGACAUGGUACAAGGUAAGAAUGAAGUGUGUCACCAAGUGUCAUCAAGUACAGAACGCAAGCAUCCUUCUCAUAAUGUGUGACUUAAGUACUUCAAACCAAAUUCCACAGCCUGAUUCUCCAGCAGACUCCUCAGUAGACUUGAGUUCUGUGAAAAAUACGUCAUCCAAGCCAACCAUCCUUUAUCCAACAGUUGAUAUGCUCACGUUGGAAGUAGAACUUGGAAAGCCAUUGACUCUUGACUGCAAAGCACAGUUUGAGUUUGAAAGAAAUUUCAACCCUGUGAUAAAAUGGUUCGUUGAUGAUCCUGGGCUUAACAGGAAAGAACUAAGAGAAGGAAACAAAAGUAUUGAAAAUGAUGUGGAACAGAAAACUAUACACUUCAUUGCUCACUUGAAGGAAGUAACUAAAAAGGAUCUACAAAGGAAUUUUAUAUGUUUUGCUCAGAAUUCUGUGGGGAAUACUACACUAACCAUCAAGCUGAAACAGAAAAAAGGAGUGCUUUUCACAUAUAUACUAUUUGGCACCACUAUAACACUGGUGGCAAUCCUGAUGACAAGUGCAUUGACUUAUCGUUACUGGAUUGAAAUAGUCCUUCUAUACCGAACUUACCAAGCAAAGGAUGAAACUCUAGGAGAUAAAAAAGAAUUUGAUGCCUUUGUAUCCUAUGCUAGAGAUUCCUUUGGUGAUCUGGACUCCUCAUCUCUGAAUGAGGAAAGCUUCGCAUUGGAUUUACUCCCUCAAGUGUUGGAAAACAAAUAUGGAUACACCUUGUGUUUGUUUGAAAGGGAUGUGAUCCCAGGAGGAGCUUACACAGAAGAUAUCGUGAAAAUCAUCAAACAGAGUCGGAGAGUCAUCUGUGUCCUUAGCUCCAGUUAUGUGAACAACCCCAGUGUCUUUGAACUGCAAGCCGCAGUCAAUCUUGCCUUAGAAGACCAAACAUUGAAACUCAUUUUAAUUAAAUUCUCUCCCUUCAAAGAGCCAGACUCUUUACCCCAACGAGUGAGGAAAGCCCUUAGUGUCCUCCCUACGAUCACCUGGAAAAAUUCAAAAUCAGCGCCUCCAAAUUCCAGAUUCUGGAGCCGCAUCCGCUAUCACAUGCCAGUGAAAAACUGCCGGAAAUUAGGUAGUCAGGGGUUCCAUUUUUUCCCAAGAAUUUUCUCAGAGGAAAUAGAAAAAGAAAAAGAAACAAGAACGAACAACGUGUCCAACCACUAGGGGGCGCUACUGGCUCAAGGAACGUUAAAGUCUGAAGAGCUGCCUCCUGCCUUCCCGCGGGAUUGGAGGCUUUCCUACCGGUCAGUGCUAGAUCUGCGGAAAUAGCACCAAGCUUAGGACAGCACUGUACAACCUUGGACUUCCUUCACAGGACUGGAGAAGAGGAGCUUUCCCCAAACUCCAUGGUGCCCAUCAUCCAAGGGUCUUUGGAUUUUCUUCCACUGAUAAGGGAAUGGAUUCAAGAGCAGAAAAAGAGAAUACAAAAGUUCAGCUCUGUCCUGUAUGUUGCCAUUUAAAGUGAUAAGUAGAUACAACGUCAUACGUGACUUUUUUGUCCGCAACAAAAUUAAACGAACGUUUUGCAGGGAUAUGAAAUGGCAAUGACCCUGGCUGAAGGUUUCUGGGGAAAGCUAGGGCUCAUUGCUCCACAGCCAGCUCUGGGGUGUUCGGGAGGAAGGGGUGUGGAUGGGGGAGCAGAUGGAUGUGACCCCAAGACAGAGCAAGGACUAGACUGGCCUUAAAUACCAGAGACAGUAACUAACAGGAUGGGCAGCUAAGACGGCAGAUGUGAUACUAGGGAGAUGGCAUGGUGUAGUGGAAAAGACUAGGAGAAAGACUAGACUAGGAGAAAGAAGAUGGAGGUUGUAUUCUCAAGUUGGCCACUAAGUUGUUUUUAAAGUUAGUCACUUGGGGGCUCUGUGGAUUGAGAGCCAGACCUAGGGACAGGAGAACCAUAGUUCUAAAUCUGGCCUCAGACAUUUCCUAGCUGUGUGACCCUAGGCAAGUCACUUGACCCCCAUUGCCUAGCAUUUACUGCUCUUCUGCUUUGAAACUAAUGCACAUUAUGGAAAAUAAAGAUUUUAAAUAAAUAAAGGUAGUUACUACACUUCUCUGGACUCAGUUUCUUCAUCUGUAAAAUGAAAAUUAGAUUAUGUAAGUGAAAAGGGCACUUUCAGUUCUGAGAUUUCAUGAUUUCAUGAACAUGAAUGCCAGGAUUAAGACAUGGAGAGCAGAGGAAGGCAGCAAGGGGUGUG